AUGGUGCUCGAAUUCAUUUCCGGUGGUGAAAUGUUUUCCCAUUUACGUCGAAUUGGACGUUUCUCCGAGCCACAUUCACGGUUUUAUGCGGCUCAGAUAGUGCUCGCGUUCGAGUACUUACACUCUCUCGAUUUAAUUUAUCGGGACCUGAAGCCAGAGAAUCUGCUGAUCGACAGUACGGGCUACCUGAAGAUCACUGAUUUCGGUUUUGCGAAGCGGGUCAAAGGUCGCACCUGGACGUUGUGUGGUACUCCUGAGUACUUAGCUCCAGAGAUCAUCCUUUCCAAGGGCUAUAAUAAAGCAGUAGAUUGGUGGGCUCUUGGAGUGCUGAUCUAUGAGAUGGCUGCCGGUUACCCGCCAUUCUUCGCCGAUCAACCUAUUCAGAUCUAUGAGAAAAUCGUUAGUGGCAAGGAGUUUCUGGAGAAGGCUCGAGAGGACUUCAAACAGCGAUGGGAGAAUCCAGCUCAGAACACCGCAACCCUCGAUGAUUUCGAUCGUAUCAAAACGCUGGGAACCGGCUCAUUCGGGAGGGUGAUGCUUGUGAAGCAUAAAUCAUCUGGCAACUAUUAUGCAAUGAAAAUUUUAGAUAAGCAAAAGGUUGUGAAACUGAAACAAGUGGAGCAUACGUUGAACGAGAAACGAAUUCUUCAAGCGAUCGAUUUUCCGUUUCUCGUCAACAUGCAGUACUCCUUUAAGGAUAACUCAAAUCUCUACAUGGUGCUCGAAUUCAUUUCCGGUGGUGAAAUGUUUUCCCAUUUACGUCGAAUUGGACGUUUCUCCGAGCCACAUUCACGGUUUUAUGCGGCUCAGAUAGUGCUCGCGUUCGAGUACUUACACUCUCUCGAUUUAAUUUAUCGGGACCUGAAGCCAGAGAAUCUGCUGAUCGACAGUACGGGCUACCUGAAGAUCACUGAUUUCGGUUUUUGGCGGACAAAGGCGGGUUUCAAGAGUCGCACCUGGACCGUUGUGUGUACUACGAGUACUAGGCUCCAGAAGAUGCAUCCUUGCCAAGGCUAUAAUAAAGCAGUAGAUUGGUGGGCUCUUGGAGUGCUGAUCUAUGAGAUGGCUGCCGGUUACCCGCCAUUCUUCGCCGAUCAACCUAUUCAGAUCUAUGAGAAAAUCGUUAGUGGCAAGGUGAGAAUUUCGCAGCUCUCUUUUAUUUAG